GGACAUUGUAAAAAGUUAUUUAAAAUAUAGGAGGUAAUAUUAUUAAUUAAUAUCAAUAUUGUCUAUAGUGUGAUAGUAUCUGUCAGAGUUAUAAUUAGUCCUUUAAAAUAACUUAUAAAACUUAGACAUUACUCAAUAAAUUGAAGACAAGCUAAUAGUUAUACCUGCUAUUUAAUACAUGUCAAGUAGAAUAAAUCUUGUUACUAUUAUUAACUUAUAUGAUAAUGGUCUUCUAUUCGAAAAAACUAAUAAUAUAAAUUUUCUAAAAUUACAAAAAAUAUUUUUAGACAUUGAAGGGAUUAAUUAUUAUAGAUUAUUAGAAAGUCUAGAAGAGUGUUAUUGAAUAUCUAAAGUUAUGUUAAAAAUUAAACGCUUGUAGCAGAUAACAAUAUAACUAAAUAAAAGAGAGACUUAAUGUUUACGAAUCUUAGUCUAUUAUCUUGUAGUAUACUUUUAUUGUCAAUGAUAUUAUUGGUUAGUUGACUGAGAUUUUGUAUAAGAUGAUAGUGAUAAAC